GUGCCGGUUCCCACUUGGCAAGAGGGUGGUAGAAGUCAAAGAUUUAGAAGGUGCUGUCUUUGUAAGAUGACAAAGAGAAACAGACUUGAAAGCAGAAGAGACAGAAUUAGAAGAGCAGCACAAACAGUGGAGACUGAUGUGAAGCCAAGUUCCAAAUUGAAGAAACUAUCACUCAUUCAUGAGGAAGCAGAUUCAGAAAUGUAUUCAACUAACAAAGUGGCUUCUGCUGUCCAUAGGAGUAUGCAUCGGACCCAAAUGAAAAGAACUAUCCGAAGAAACAUUUUGAAGACCAAUAAGGAGACACAGCCUUUUGAGAACAGGAGUCCUAGUCUUCAGCAAUGGAAGGAAUUUACCCAGAAUAAUUCCAAAAAUGCAAACUGUUCUGUGUACAUUGAAGCUACUUCAGAGUUGCUUGUGGACAGCAGUUCCUCAACUGGAGCAGAAAGUUGUUCUUCAGUGGAAAUAUUCAGAGAGGCAGAAGAGCAUGCGUCUGUUGUGAAUCAGGAAGAUAUUUAUUGGUUCUAUUGUAAAAAUUCUACUCUUCUGGACAGUAGUAAAGCAGCAAACAUUGAUGUGAUUGGCCAGCCUUCAGAUCUCUCUGAAAUUUUAGAACAGACUGGAAAUCUCACAAGAGAAAGAAACUUCAGUGGAUACCAUGUAUCAGAUGGAGCUGAGGAGCGUGGGAAUUCUCAAGCUACUACUUUUACUGUUGCAGGUAAAACAGUCUCUAAAUUACAAGCAAGCAAGGAGAUCACUCUUGAGCAGAAAAAGUUAAAUGCAGUUUCUCUCCGAGAUGAGCAGAAGAAAUCAGAAAAGUGGGAUUUAUUGGAGAAACCCGCCAGGCAUAUCAGCACACGUGGAGAGAAAGCAGACUUAACAAUUGUAGAAAACAAGAACGAGAUUAAGCCAAAACAGACAAGUGCACCAGUAGAGACAUUUAAACAAUCAACAAGAUUGAAACAAAAAGAUGAAGUACCAAUAUGUAGCAUCAUCCUUGCUCCAGUGUGCUACCGACCAUCUAAUGGUUUGCAGAGUGAACGUGUGAAACAUUGGACGACAUUAGAAAAUGCGCCUCUGGACAUUAUUAUUGACUUCUCUAAGUAA